AUGAACACACUCCUGAUCCUAGCCUUUGUGAGUGCUGCUGUUGCUUUCCCUGCUGACAAUGAUGACAAGAUCGUCGGGGGCUACACCUGCACGGAGAAUUCUGUCCCCUAUCAGGUGUCCCUGAACUCUGGCUCCCAAAUCACCCGUGGGUGUGGAGGCUCCCUUAUCAACGACGAGUGGGUGGUGUCAUCAGCUCGGUGCUACAAGUCUCACUUCCAAGUGAGGCUGGGAGAGCACAACAUUAAAGUCCCGGAGGGCAAGGAACAGGUCAUCAACUCGGCCAAGGUCAUCCGCCACCCCAACUAUGAUAUCUGGACCAUGGACAAUGACAUCAUGCUGAUCAAGCUGGCCUCGCCUGCCACGCUCAACGCCCAUGUGUCCCCCAUAUCACUGCCCACUGCCUGUGCGCCUGCCGGCACUGAGUGCCUCAUCUCCGGCUGGGGCAAAACCCUCAGGAAUCCUGGCAACUACCCAGACCUGCUGCAGUGUGUGAAGGUCCCCCUGAUGAGUGAUGCCCAGUGCAAGGCUGCCUACCCUGGAGAGAUCACCAGCAACAUGAUCUGUGCCAGCUUCCUCGAGGGCGGCAAGGAUUCCUGCCAGGGUGACACUGGUGGCCCUGUGGCCUGCAAUGGAGAGCUCCAGGGAAUCACCUCCUGGGCCUAUGGCUGUGGCCAGAAGGACAUGCCUGGAAUCUAUACUAAGGUGUGCAACUAUGUGGACUGGAUUCAGAAAACCAUAGAUGCCAAUAGCUAA